AUGUUAAGAAGCCAUACUGCUCGUCUUGUUAAUAAACGAAUUAUAUCUUCAUAUUUAAGGCCAUCUGCUAUUGCCUGUUAUCAUCAACAGCCAAUCACAUCUGUUAUUAAUAAGCUAGAUAACGGUAAUCAAAAGCUAUGGGAGCAUCUACCUGGUGAAGGUGGUUCGAAAAAUGAAGGCGUUGAGACACUGUUAGGCUCAUUGAGAGCUGAGAAUUAUUGUCAUCCUGAUCCAUUAAAAACAGUGGGUCAUGACCAUUUUGAUGUCGCUGUUGUAGGUGGUGGCAUUGUAGGCUUAGCGACUGCAAGAGAACUUAUACGUCGAUAUCCUACGAUGAAGGUGGUAUUGCUAGAAAAGGAAGCUGAGGUAGCAGGUCAACAAACAGGACAUAAUUCUGGUGUGAUACAUGCAGGUAUUUAUUAUCAACCUGGGUCUCGAAUGGCGCACACUUGUACUAGAGGCGCAGACUUAAUGUAUGCUUAUUGUGAAGAGCAUAAUUUACCUGUAGAACGCUGUGGUAAACUUGUUGUAGCAUGUAAUGAAAAAGAACAUGAGCAAGUUGAAAAACUGUAUCGACAAGGUACAGCCAAUGGAGUAAAAGGAUUAAAGAUUAUAUAUAGUAAAGAGAUUACUGAGUUGGAACCAAAUGUGAAAGCCUAUAGUGCAUUGUAUUCGCCUAAUACAGGCAUUGUUAAUUAUUGGUUAGUAGGUCAAUGUAUAGCAAAUGAAUUAAGGAAAUCAGGACGUGUAGAUAUCAAAACUUCCUUUGAAGCUAAACAAUUUCGCAAAUCCUCCGAUCAGAAAAUUGUUAUUUCUGGCGGCGAAAAAUAUAUGGAUGGCCCUCAAUUAGAGGUGACUGCAGACAAUGUAAUUACCUGCGGUGGCCUUUACGCCGAUCGAUUAGCUGGCCUAGCAGGAGGAAAUCCUCAUCAGCACAAGAUUGUUACUUUCCGUGGCACUUACUAUCAAUUGAAACCUGAGUAUCGUACCUUGGUUCGACAUAACAUCUAUCCAGUACCUAGUGGAGGUGGUAUCCCCGUCGGAGUUCACUUUACCCCUACUGUGGAUGUACGUCGUGGCCAUCAAAUGAUUGUCGGGCCCGGUGCUUGUAUCACCUUCAGUCGUGAGGGUUAUCGCUUCUGGGAUAUGCAACUCAAAGAUAUAUGGGAUAAUAUAAUGAACAUUAACUUGUGGUCCUUUGCACUCAAGAAUUUGAACCUCUCAUUUGGUGAGGUCUAUAGAGAUUUGAAUAAGAGAGCGUUUUUGAAAAGUGCUCAAAAGUAUGUACCAGGUUUAAGUGGGGACAUGGUAGAGCCUAGUUUCGCUGGCGUUAUGGCUCAAGUCUUUGAAAGUGGUGGCAAAGCCGCAGCUGAUUUCAUUGUGGAACGUCAGGUUUUAGAUGGCUUGGUGAUGAAUGUGCGUAAUGCACCGAGUCCCGCUUGCACUGCUGGUUUUGCCAUCGGAGAAAUGAUUGCUGAUUGCGCUGAAGAGGAUUGGCAAUUAAGUAAAAAAUAUAAGAAAUAA